GUUUCUCGGCCUCCAAGUGGCUCUUGGGCUGUAAAAUAACGCAUGCAUAACUUAAUAUUUGACGCUCCCCAGGAUUCUCCAAGCUGUUCUAGCCUGCGAUAAACUUUUUGCAAGGAGAGUAGAGAGUGGUUGCUGUUUUUCACUGCAACGCUUGCCUUCUGUGUGUCGAGGAUAUUACGUAGAGAAUCGAAAUAAAGAAGAAGAUCAGAGAAAAGCAUGGCAGGAGGUGGAGGACCUGCGCCACCGCCGAAACAAGAAGAGCUGCAUCCACAUCCAGCCAGAGAUCAGUUAACAAGCGUUUCUUACUGCAUUAACAGUCCUCCUCCAUGGCCCGAGGCUAUUUUACUUGGUUUCCAACAUUACUUGGUGAUGCUUGGUACAACUGUGCUGAUUCCAACAUCUCUAGUUCCGCAGAUGGGAGGAGGCAACGAGGAGAAAGCAAAAAUGAUUCAGACAAUAUUGUUUGUGGCUGGUUUGAACACAUUGUUUCAAUCAUUGUUUGGGACUCGUCUACCUGCCGUGAUCGGUGCUUCUUAUAGCUAUGUACCAACAACCAUUUCAAUCAUUUUGGCAGGUCGAUACAGUGACAUUGUAAAUCCUCAGGAGAAAUUUGAAAAGAUAAUGCGUGGAAUCCAGGGUGCUCUUAUUGUUGCCUCGACUCUCCAGAUUGUAGUUGGCUUUAGUGGCCUUUGGCGUAAUGUUGCAAGGCUCUUAAGUCCGCUUUCUGCUGCUCCCCUGGUUGCUUUGUCAGGUUUCGGGCUAUAUGAAUUUGGAUUUCCAGUGCUUGCAAAAUGUGUAGAGAUCGGGCUGCCACAGCUCAUCAUUUUAGUAAUAUUUUCACAGUAUAUACCUCACUUGAUGCAUGGGAACAAGAAUAUCUUUGAUCGAUUCGCUGUUAUAUUCUCGGUGGCGAUUGUUUGGAUUUAUGCUCACCUGCUCACCGUGGGAGGGGCUUACAAGAAUACAGGGCCUAAAACCCAAAUAAGUUGUAGAACUGACCGUGCUGGAAUCAUUGGUGCUGCUCCAUGGAUUAGGGUUCCAUAUCCUUUUCAAUGGGGAGCUCCAACUUUUGAUGCAGGAGAAGCUUUUGCAAUGAUGGGUGCUUCAUUUGUUGCUCUUGUGGAGUCCACUGGCGCAUUCUUUGCCGUGUCAAGGUAUGCAAGCGCAACUCCAAUCCCACCUUCAAUUCUUAGCCGCGGUGUUGGUUGGCAGGGAGUAGGCAUUCUGUUAUCAGGAAUAUUUGGAACUGGAAAUGGUUCAUCAGUUUCUAUUGAAAAUGCGGGUUUGUUAGCUUUGACCCGAGUUGGUAGCCGAAGGGUUGUUCAAAUGUCAGCUGGAUUCAUGAUCUUCUUUUCCAUCCUUGGGAAAUUCGGAGCUGUUUUUGCUUCAAUUCCAGCACCAAUCAUUGGAGCAUUAUAUUGCCUGUUCUUUGCUUAUGUGGGUUCAGCAGGCCUCAGUCUUCUUCAGUUUUGCAAUCUAAACAGCUUUAAAGUAAAGUUCAUAUUAGGCUUCUCAGUGUUCAUGGGAUUAUCAAUACCUCAAUACUUCAAUGAGUACACUGUUGUUAAUGGCUACGGUCCCGUCCAUACAGGAGCAAGAUGGUUCAACGAUAUGAUCAACGUUCCAUUCUCGUCUGAGCCAUUUGUUGCCGGCUUAUUGGCUCUAAUAUUGGACCUGACACUGCACAGGAAAGACAACCAAACCAAGAAAGAUAGAGGUAUGCCUUGGUGGGAAAGGUUCAGGUCAUACAAGACAGAUACAAGAAGCGAGGAGUUCUAUUCUCUGCCCUUCAACCUGAACAAGUUUUUCCCAUCUGUUUGAUCACUGCUUUCCAGCAUGAAGUUUUGAAGCCGUGUGACCAAAGUUAUGCUCCUAAGAUACAUUAUAGAUAUCUUAUUAAUGUGGGUACACAUUCUCUUACAUGGAUUGCAUUUAAUUUCCUCGUCUCUCAAGUAGUCAAAACUUUGUAAAUCAACUCAGAAGGAUGAAUAUGUUCUUUCUAAAGCA